GGAGCCCGGCCCCGGCCCAGCCUGUGGAAUUGUCCUGAGUCAUCGCUUUGGGCUGAGGCCAUGGGAAGAAACCAUUGUGCGGCAAGGCAGGAGGCAGCUGGGAGCUGGGGCCUACACCAGGGAGACCUGAGAAAGUGGGGCCAAGGGGAGGUGCACGGUGGCCUGGCCGCAGCUGGGGUCCCUGGCUGGCUAGAGUCCUGCUGCUAGGCUUCCCAGAAGGGCUGGGCACCACGGCCCUUCUGCCGGCGGGCUUUCAUGGCGUGAGGGCUCUGAUGCAUUGUGCCAGCCAGCAGGCCCACAGCUGUCGGUCAGAGGCCUCUGUGGAGUCAUGAAGGGGGUAGUGCUUGGGGAGGGACAGACCUGGCCAGCUGACAAGCAAGGCGGGCCCCACUCAGGUCAGCCCAUAGGCGGGCUCACACUUAAGUUUCACUUCCCGCCAACUAACUGCCAGCAGCAAGAACCAGCCAGACCCCGAGUCAUUGCUGCUGCCCGCCACUCGGCUCCUGGCAGGUACCCAGCAUGGGCUCACAGGCCCCAGCCCCGGGACCCGUGCAGACCCUCAUUUUCUUGGACCUGGAAGCCACUGGCCUGCCUUCCUCCCAGCCCAAGGUCACGGAGCUAUGCCUGCUGGCUGUCCACAGAUAUGCCCUGGAGAGCUCACCCCCUACUCGGGGGCCUCCCACAGUGCCCCCACCACCCCGGGUGCUGGACAAGCUCUCUCUCUGCGUGGCUCCAGGGAAGCCUUGCAGCCCAGAAGCUAGCAAGAUCACAGGCCUGAGCACAGCCGUACUGGCAGCACAUGGGCGACUAUGCUUCGAUGCUGACCUGGCCUGCCUGCUCCGAGCCUUCCUACAGCGCCAGCCACAGCCCUGGUGCCUUGUGGCACACAACGGCGACCGCUAUGACUUCCCCUUGCUCCAAGCGGAGCUGGCUGUACUAGGCCUUGCCAGUGUUCUGGAUGGUGCCCUCUGUGUGGAUAGCAUUGCUGCCCUGAAGGCCCUGGAGCGUGCUGCCAGCCCCUCAGAGCAUGGUCCACGGAAGAGCUACAGUCUGGGCAGUGUCUACACACGCCUGUACGGCCAGGCCCCCCCGGACUCCCACAUGGCCGAGAGUGACGUCCUCACCCUGCUCAGCAUCUGUCAGUGGAGGCCGCGGGCCCUGCUCCAGUGGGUGGAUGCACACGCCAGGCCGUUCAGCACCGUCAAGCCCAUGUACGCGGUCACAGCCUCUGCUGGAACCAACCCAAGGCCAUCUGCCACCACGGCCACCAAAGCCCUGGCGAGAGCCACGGACACUAGUGCCAACCUGGGCAGGGGCAGGAAGCCCAAGGCCGUUCCUCCAGUGGAGGGCCCUGGAGCCUCACCCAAGGAGGGACUGCUGGCCCCACUGGGCCUGCUAGCCUUCCUCACCUUGGCACUAGCCAUGCUGUAUGGGCUCUCCUUGGCCACACCUGGGCAGUAGGCCAAGAGGAAAAGUCUGACCAAUAAAGACCCCCUCCCCUCCAGCA